AUCUCUGUCGUUGUAUGAAGUGAAAGAAUCCUGGCAGAAUUGCAUCAGAAAACUCUGUUUUGUUGUGAUUUGAAAUACGAAUCUGUCAGCCUCAAGAAAGUUUUGAGUUUUUUCCUGGCGCAGCUGUGAAACUAGGGGCCCCAAAAUGCACCUGGAGCACACCGUUGCUGACUUGCUGUCAGAAAAUGAACAGCUCCACCAGGACAGGGCUCUGUUGAAGUUGAUGUUAAGUGUAGUCCAGGAGAACGUGGACCUGAGAGCCAGGAUACAGAGCUCCAGCAGUGACACUCGAGAGGAAUUACCAGUUUGCUCAACCUCAAGAAUACCCCCUUCCAGUGUGUUGAAUAGCACCAAUGAGAGAAAAUUCAGAGAAGACAUGCAACAAACCAGAUUUCAACAAGAAAAGCGAACCUCAUCCCCUCUCGACUUCAAGUCUUUCAUGGAAAACUCGACGCACACAGGUACAAGUGAGGGAGCAGAGUUUCAAAGCUGCCAUGCUGAAUUUCCAGUUGAGGUCAAAGGUCAGAACAGGCUGCUGGGAGAGGUUGCCUACCAACUGGAUAUGAGGAUUCUGUCCUAUGUCUUCCCGGGACUCAAAAGGCAUUAUGGCUUCACACUGCUCAAUAUCCCACAAAAGAUUGUGGAGGUAUCCACUCACCCGCUGACAGGGAAGCUAGAUGAAGGCUAUCAGCUUCAUCUCAGUCAGAGGUAUGCUGACCUCACUCGGAGGUUGAACCAGUUCGGGUAUAAAACAGCACUUCACCCUCAAUUCACUGAAUUCAUCGUCAACAACUAUGGGAUCCUGAAGGACAAGCCUCGCGAAAACUGCAUCCAGGAAAUGAACUUCAAUAAUCCAGACUUUCUGAGGAAGCUGAUAAUAACCACUGCACCGAGAAAGCUUCAGAAGGACCUGCUGCUUGUGCUCAGCUGCCUCUGCAACUUUGCAGAGGAGGAUAGAAAGCCUCUCUUUCUCUGGUAGACAUGUAUCCAAUGACCGUUAAAGCUUGAACUGUCCACAAAUUGGAAAUAAACACGGAUAAAUGCAACGUGA